UAUAUAGAUUCGUGAUGAAGCACGGAUCAUCAAAUUACCUUCGCUAGCUAGUAGUAGUACUCAUCAAGCGUCGUAAUUAAUCAGCUAACUUACAAAUUAAUUUACGAUGUAUCGAGCUCUAUUUCUCAUGGCCCUGAUCACAUCCGCGGUUUCAAGGAAUGAAGAAGAGCAGUGUGGGGACAUGUUCAAGAGCUUCACUGAAGGAAUAUCUCUGCAACCCUCUCCACAGUAUUGCAAAGGAGUGAGCCACUUGAAUAACGUCCUCAAGCUUACAUCCCCAAUUACUUUGCAGAGCUUGAAGAAGGGCAAGGAAAAGGUAGGGAAACCGUGUGAAUGUAUGGACUUUGAGGUAAUUUGGAAAAUAAGAUGUGUAAGAUGCGAACAAGAUCCGGGCACGAAUGUAACCGAAUACGAAUCACACGUGAAUGUUCUAUAGACCUCUCUAUAUUGGGAUGCAUCUUAUUAAAAAUUAUAGUUUCUCUUAGUUUUAUUUGAUCAUGCGUUUCCUUUUAUCUUAUAGUUUACUAAUAUUAUAGUUUCUUUUUUCUUUGCUAAUUUGAUAGGGACUAAACCC